GGGAUUUCAUCAGGUGAUGCUGUCCAGACUCGACUGACUGCGGAUCGGCGUAACACGAAUGGAUCCCUAUUUAAGGCGUAGCUGGAACAGGCUUUUUCACUUGUUGUCGUUGUAUUUUAUUCUAAUUUAUCAAGCUCGUCUUUCCUGGUCUGUUGAGAGAGCGAACGUUUCAAACCGGGACGAAUUUAAUAACAGCAGGAGCAGCAGGAUAAAGCAGCAGAAAUGGGACACCGCUUCCCAGGGAGAGCAGGAACUCCAGACGGCAGCUGCUGCAUUAGGAGCCAACGCAUCUUCUUCCGGUCAUUCUUUGGUCAGUCAGACCGCUGUGUCCAACCUGACAUCCUCCGGUGCUGAGAGUACACUGAUUUACAGCUCUGACCAAUCAUCUGCAACCACCGCACCAUCUAGUCAAACACCUUUAAGAACAGUAUCAUCCAGACCAGCCAGCACAACAACCAGACAGUCACCAACAAACCUAACACCAUCAACUAGCCCAGCAAUAUCCAGUCAGUUAACAACCAGCGCACCAACUAGUCCAUCACAACAUAGUACAGCACCGUCUAUUCAAUCACCAUCAGAUACAGAACCCUCCAGCCAAUCAUCAACCACCAUACGACCAGUCAGCCAGUCAUCAAAGAGCACAGCAUCAGCCAAAACCUCAACAAGCAGCACAACAGCCACCCAAACACCAACAAGGAAAGUUCCACCUAGCCACUCAGCAACCAGCACAGUGCCAGUUAGUCAGUCAUCAGCCAGUAAUGCACCAGCCACAACCUUCUCUGGCCAUUCAGCAGGCAGCGUUGCAGAACCCAGCCAGUCUUCAUCCAGCCUAGCACCACUGAACCAGUCAACAAUCGGCUCAAAAACAUUAAAGAAAUCCUCACUCACCUCAGCAUCUUCUACUCAAUCACCAGUCACUUUAAUACCACUUAAUCAAUUCAUAGCCAGCGCAAAAUCUAAUAGCCACUCACUGUCAGAUUCAGCACCACCUGACCAAUCAAACCGAUCAUCAUCUGGUUCAGCGCUCCUGGUCAGCAGAGCCUUUUCACCAGAUGAGCGUCCAUUUGAUAUUUCACUGCUCAGCAGGCAGGCAAAGGAAGCCUUGAGGUCGUCAUUUCAUAGGAUUCCAGCAGAGCUGUGUGUGUUUCCCUGCCUGAACGGAGGACGGUGCGUCCAGUCGGAGUCAUGUGACUGCAGCUUGUAUCAGGCCACUGGGCACAGAUGUCAGACAGUUCCAAAUCCUGGCUUCGAGAGAGAGAUGACCUGCAGGACAUGGGGUCAGUACAACUUUGAGACCUUUGAUGGCCUUUACUACUACUUCCCGGGUCGGUGCACGUACACUUUGCUGAAGGACUGUGAGGAAACCAGCCAAGCCAGCGUCGUCGUUCAGAUCCACAAUGACCCAAGCUGCGGCUCAGCCCUGUACACGUGUCAACGAUCUGUCAGCCUCUUCCUUCCAUGGGAAGGCGAGGUUCGGCUGUACGCCACCAACGUGACCUUCAAAGACCAAAGUUUGCAGCUGCCUCAUCUCAUCCAUGACCUGCAGCUGGAACAGAUCUCACAGUAUGUCCUGGUGACGCAGCAGCACGGCUUCACGCUGGCCUGGGAGGGAAGCAGUGGCUCUGUCUACAUCAAACUCAGCCCAGAGUUUGUGGGCAGAACCUGCGGCCUGUGCGGUAACUUCAAUGCAGACGUCCAGGACGACCUGAAGACGAGCUAUGGUGUGCUGACUCAUGAAAUAGAAAUGUUUGGGAACAGCUGGGUGGAGAUGCAGCCGCACCAGGCCCCGUGUGCCAUGGUGCCAUCCGGCUUCUCUUCACCCUGCGCUGCAGUCGACGCUCAUGUUCUGCUGAAAGUGGAGGAGACAUGUUCAGUGCUGCUGGAGCCACCAUUUCAGAGCUGCCAUGACUUUGUCAGCCCUCUGUCCUUCAUGGCCAGCUGCUCCAACGACCUCUGCAUGUCAGGUCCCAGUGUUGAUGUGGUAUGCCAGGUGUUCAGCGAGUACGCCCGGGCUUGUGCCCACGCCGACCACCCACUGCACGACUGGAGGCAGCGCAUUCCUCAGUGCGCCAAGCAAUGCCCUCCAGGGCUGCAGCACAGGGAAUGCAUCAGCUGCUGCCCAGAGUCCUGCAGCCUGGAGCGAGCAUGCAUCGACAGCAAGCUGGCCUGCUUGGAUGGCUGCUACUGUCCAGACGGUCUGAUCCAUGAGGACGGAGGCUGUGUGGCGCCCUCUGAUUGUCCGUGCGAGUACCAUGGUUUGUUAUAUCCAUCUGGACAGAUGCUGCAGGAGAAAUGCAACAAUUGCACAUGUGUGGGUGGAGUGUGGAACUGCACUGACUACAGCUGCCCAGGCGAGUGCUCGGUAACUGGCGAUAUGUAUUUUCAGUCCUUUGACGGGCAGAUCUACACCUUCCCUGCAACAUGUCAGUACGUCCUGGCCAAGAGUCGGCGCUCAGGAAAGUUCACGGUCACCGUCCAAAAUGCCCCCUGUGGAGCCAAUUUGGAUGGAGCCUGCAUCCAGUCAGUUACCCUGGUUAUUGAUGAGGAUCCAAAAACGGAGAUUACCCUGAGUCACUUUGGCGAGGUCUUCAAGGCCGGACAGUACCGCAUCUCUCUGCCCUAUUCUGACGACAUCUUCCACGUCCAGGAACUAUCGUCCAUGUUCCUCCAGGUGAAGACGGCGUUCGGCCUGCGCCUGCAGUACUGCUGGAAGGAAUUUCGUCUCUACCUGCAGGCCGACGAGCUGUGGAAGGACGACACGGUGGGGCUGUGCGGCACCUUCAAUGGCAACAUUCAAGAUGACUUUCUAUCUCCAUCAGGUAUGAUAGAAAGCACUCCUCAGCUGUUUGGAAACACCUGGAGAGUCUCGUCCUCCUGUUCACCCACCCUGAGCUCGCCUCCGCUCGACCCCUGUGACACGCACCAGCAGGCCGUGGCCUACGCCUCAGAGAAGUGUGACGUGCUGAACCAGGAUCUGUUCUCCGCCUGUCACGAGUACCUCAGUCCGACACCCUUCCACCAGCAGUGUCGUUCGAGUACCUGUAAGUGCGGGACGCCCUGCCUCUGCUCUGCACUGGCCCACUACGCUCGCCACUGCCGCAGGUUCUCCAUCAUCAUUGACUUUCGUUCGCAGAUACCUGACUGUGUGCUCACCUGUCCUGCCACCAUGCUGUACGGCACCUGCGUCUCGUCCUGCCAGCGCCGCUGCUCCGCGCUCUCCAUCCCUCAGCACUGUGAGGAGGAGUGUGAGGAGGGCUGCGUCUGCCCUCAGGGGUCCUUCUACAACCAUCGGACGCAAACAUGUGUGCACAGGAGCGAGUGUCCCUGCAGUUUCCUUGGAGCAGAUUACGAACCGGGAGAUGUGAUCAUGACGUCAGCAGGAGUUCAGCUCUGUCUGAACGGUAAGCUGGUGUCCCAAACAGCAGACACCGACGGGCUGUGUCCGGCAGGGCAGCUCUACCAGAACUGCUCAGAGGGGGAGGACGGCCUCCUGUCAGGAAGGGGUGUGGCCUGUGAAUACACCUGUGAAUCCUACCUGCUCAACCUCACCUGCUCGACAAAUGAGCCCUGUGUGGCUGGAUGUACCUGCCCUCCUGGCUUGCUGAAACAUGGAGACGAGUGCUUCGAACCCGCAGCCUGCCCCUGUCUGUGGAAAGGGAAGGAGUACUACCCCGGCGACAGAGUCUCCUCCCCCUGCCACCAGUGUGUUUGCCAAAAUGGGACCUUCCAGUGUGUGUUUCGUCCCUGUCCAUCCAUGUGCACGGCUUACGGCGACCGCCACUACAGGACAUUUGAUGGCCUGCUGUUUGACUACGUUGGCGCAUGCAAAGUCUAUCUUGUCAAGAGCAGCGUGGAUGUGACGCUCAGUGUUACAGCUGAGAACGUCGACUGUUUCGACAGCGGUCUCAUCUGCAGGAAGUCGCUGCUGAUCAGCAUCGACAGAUCCUCCCUGGCAUUCGAUGAUGACACUGGGAAGCCAAAUCCAUCCAGUGUGGUAGACAGGAAGCAGAGGAUGUUCAUCUGGCCAGCUGGAUACUUCACAGUGAUUCACUUCCCCAAGGAGGACGUGACCGUCCUCUGGGACCGUAAGACCACCGUCCACAUCCAGGUCGGACCCAGCUGGCAGGGGAAGCUGAGUGGGCUGUGUGGAAACUUUGACCUGAAGACUGUGAACGAGAUGCGGACGCCAGACAGCAUCAACUCUGCAACACCACAAGAGUUUGGAAACAGCUGGACUGCAGCAGAGUGUGUGAACAGUCCAGACAUCAGACACCCGUGCAGCCUCAGCCCACUCCGAGAGCCCUUUGCAAAGCGCCAGUGUGCCGUCCUGCUCAGUGAGGUCUUCCAAGCCUGCCACCCAGUGAUCCAAAUACAGCUGGGUGACAACUGA